AGGAAUUUUCACUUCUCUUUUUUCGUGAAUUCGAGUUUCAGCUGGAGUAAUCAUUGUGACUUAGAGGGCUCAGCUAGAUACAGAGCGCAUCGUGUCAGGCACUACCACAUACCUAAACUAAACUAAACAGCAAUAAUGCAGAGGACAGAACCCCAAGGGAAUAACUUUGAAGGGGGAUUCAACACCCUGAUCUGUCAAGAGGAAUUGCAAGAUGAGGAGUAUUCCACUAACAACGGCAGACACCAACCGAGCGUGCCUGUCUUCAGUCUGACUUUGGGGAGACGGAGCAGACUGGCAACGCUGAUCCUGACACUUCUUGCUGCUCUUCUGCUUAUUGUUGAUAUCAGCCUGGACAACAAUCUCAAAGAUACCCACCUCACCACUGAGGAUACAGAACGCAUCGGCAGGGAGCUGGCCAGACUCCAGGAAGAUUACAAAACUGCAGUGGAAACUAUGAAGGGUGCCCAGAAGCAGACGGACAGUGAGAGAAACAGUCUGACAGAAACCAACUGGGAGUUUGAGCAUCAGACAAAAAGAAGCCAAGACAACAAAGACCAGAUUGAUAAAAUGACGAUGGACAUAGCAAAAUUGAGAUCACAAUUACAGAUGAUUAGUCACGGCUGCAAAUUCUGUCCUCCUGGAUGGUUCUUUAUAGACUCUUUUUGUUACUACUUCUCCUUUUCGAACAAAUUUGGACUCAGAUCGUGGCAAAAAGCCCAAGAAUUCUGUCAACUUCAAGGAGGGAAUCUUCUAGUCAUAGACAGCAAAGAAAAACAGAAAAUUACUGUGACUCAGUUGAUGACUCACCAAGACCCCUCCAAAUGGGAUGAUGGCUUCUGGUUUGGACUGAGAGAUUCUGAAGAGGAGGAAACUUGGAAAUGGCUAGAUGGAAAACUCCUGGUUGAAGGUUACUGGCAAGAUGGCGAACCAAAUGACGCCGAAAGAAAUGAGGAUUGUGCAACAGUGUUUGCCAAGAAAAACUUCUUCAAGUCUUGGAACGACAAAGCAUGUCUCUCUGUGGGGAGAGGAGCAUCUGCGUUUCCACGCCACAAACUGGUGAUCCUGAGUUUGGGUCUGCUUGAUGCUGUCCUGCUAAUAGCAGCUGCUGUCAUUGGGAUUUACUGUGCCAAAGCGAAAGACCUGCGGAUGUUAGAUUCAGCCGCCACGCCUCAGCUCCUCAAGAUGAACUUCCUCCGCAACCACUCUGAUGUCAUCAAAGCCAAAACCGAGGCCCAGGAAGCUCUGGAGAAAGAACGCCAAAACCACGUGCAGCUAAAGCUGCAAGUGAUGCAGAAAAAAGCCAUCACGGACAUCCUUCAGGGGAAAAUUGAAAUACUUCAGACAGAGAAGAUCAACAUCCAAAAAAAUAAAACUACCUUAGAAAACAACUGCGGCAGAUGUCAGCCAGAAUGGGUCUUUUUGAAGUCCUCCUGUUAUUAUUUUUCUCAUCAUCAACCUGAAGGGCGUAACUGGUCCAGUAGCAGAGCAGACUGUGUCAGCCGAGGAGGCGACCUGCUUGUGAUCAAUAACUUUGAGGAGCAGCAAUUAGUAAAUGACAAUAUUCCGAAGCAGAGCUACAGUGGCGUGUGGUGGCAGAGGGGGUUUUGGCUCGGCCUCACUGCUCUCUCUGGGAAAUGGACAUGGAUUAACAAUGUGACUGAUGCGACCACACUCAAUGAUGUAACAAAGACGUUCUACAGUGGGGACUGCACGCGGCUGAAGCUAAACUGGAUCUGUGAGAUGGAAUCACAGAAAGUCAUGGAGGACAGAUUAACUUCAUAUAAUAAACUAACUACUUUGGAGGAAACUACUGCAGAUGACAACCCUCUCUACUCAAACCAUGAAAAACAACAAGUUUCCAUGUCCACAGUCAGACCUGAAUCCAUCUGGAGUCAUCACAGACUGCUCACUGUGAGCCUCGCGGUGCUCGCCGCCAUUCUGCUGGCUCUUGAUAUCGGCCUGGGAGUCUAUUAUAAUAAUCUCACUGACGGUGCCAUUAUAAAGGACAUCAGCGGUGAGAUAAGCAAACUGCAAGCUUCUUACAAUGCUGAAGUCCAAAGCAGAAAUGAUGCCAAGGAGCAGUUGGUGAAAGAGAUCAAUGAGCAGCUAGUUACAAAAUGGGAGCUCGACCACCAGAUCAGAAGGAGCAACGACUAUGAAAAUAAAGCUGAAAAGCUUCGGCUGGAUAUCGCUGGAUUGAACUCCCACCUACCGAUGAUAGAGGACGGCUGCAGACACUGCUUGCCUGGCUGGACUUUCCUGAACUCACGCUGUUACUACUUCCCAUUUUCCGACCAUAUCGCACGCACAUCGUGGCAGGAUGCCAGGCAGUUCUGCAAGAGGCAAGGAGGCGACUUGGCAAUAGUAGAUACCAGAGAGAAACACCUGGCAAUAGCUAACUUGAUCAAUAACUAUAAAGACCCCACAAGACCAUUUACCCAGAGUGGCUUUUGGAUUGGACUAAGAGAUAUCGAAGACGAAGGGACUUGGAAAUGGCUGGAUGGGACAAUACUGACUGAGGGGUACUGGAAUGAUGGAGAGCCAAACAAUCAGAACAAUGAAGACUGUGCUGCUGUAUAUCCAAAAAUAAACCCCUUUAAGGUUUGGAAUGAUGCACCAUGCAAUUAUAGCCUGAAGUGGAUUUGUGAAAUGGCCUCAAGGUCUGCGGAUUAAUUAAUGUAUCCCACAGAGAAAAAG